CAUCAAUUACUCGCCCGCGACUUGUCAACGAAAUAGACAUAGCGGCGUCAGUGGAAACAAACAUAUAUAUUUGUUAAAAUUUAACUUAAAUUAUGUAUUUUCAAUUAUAUUUGUUAGUAUUUUUUACCACAGCUCUCGUUGGGGGUGAUAAUGAUUAUUUUGAUGUGAAUAAAGUGAUUGAAAUAAGUUUGGCCGGUAGUGAUAGAGUUGAUGGUUCUUAUUUUGGAUAUUCUUUACUUCUUCAGAACGGAAAAAAUCCUAUGGUUAUAGUAGGUGCCCCAAAGCAGAACAUAACUGGAGGAGCCGUUUUUGCUUGUGAUAUUUUUAAUGAUUUUGGAUGCACCAAAUAUGAUAUAACAACCUCUAAUCAUGGUUCUUUCAAUGGGAACUUUCUAGGAGCUGCGAUUGAUGGUUCUGACAAUAUUGGUAGCCCUUUUGUUGCAUGUGCUCCAAGAAAAGUUACUGAACAUGGAACUGGAGAUAAUAUGAAUUAUUAUAUGAAAGGAAUUUGUUUUUAUCAACUAAAUUCUACCAACUUCGCAGGAAAAGGAUUUGAAUUGGUGCCGUUAAAAAAUGAAGCUUCCAUUAGCCUUUCACAAGCUCAAUAUUAUUAUGAUUAUGCAUUUGGACAAGCUGGAAUUGAUGUUAAGUAUGACAAGGUCUCAGCGUCAGUAAUCCUAGGAGGACCUGGAAUUAAAAGUUGGAAUGGUGGAGUAGUAAUUCAGUCAUUGAAGACAUUAACAAGCCAUCAAAUUGUACCAGAAAGAAACGAACCGAUAAUUACCGAAGGUGACGACUAUUUAGGUUACAAAGUAGGCUAUGGGAACCAAUACAUGUAUGCUGGUGCACCAAGGGCACAUAAUUUAUUUGGCAAGGUUAAUUUGUACAGGGACGACUACUUUAAACUGUAUAGAAGUUUCAUGGGAGAUGAGAUGGGUUCUUUCUUUGGAUCAGCUAUUUUAUUAGAAGAUGUCAAUGAUGAUUUUAAAGAUGAUUUAUUCAUUGGGGCUCCCACAACGGCUGGAUCUAGUUUUGAUGAAGGAUGCGUAUAUUAUUACUUAAAUGCACAAUCGUUUAGCUACAAACUGGUAGGAAGCAGAACUCGUGGAGCUAGAUUUGGAACUAAUAUUGUUUCUCUUGGAGACAUUGACUUAGAUUUAUUUAAUGAUAUUGCAAUUUCGGCACCCUAUGAAGAUGGUGGCAUUGGGGCUGUCUAUAUUUUCUUGGGUGGCCCUAACGGUCUUCAAAACUAUUAUAGUCAACGAUUAACUCCAUCUUCAUUCCCAGGCAAUCAUUUAAAUAUCAGAGGUUUUGGAAUGGGAAUAUCCAGAGGAAAUGACAUAGAUGGAAAUGGACACAAUGAUUUAGCGAUUGGAGCCUAUAAAAGUGGCCACGUAAUGGUUAUCCUAACAAAAUCUGUUGUCGAUUUUCAAACAACUUUGGAAUCAAACGUGACUGCUAUAACAUAUAAUGACGCUCAAAUUACUCUUAAUUACUGUGUUUUCUAUACACCUAGAAGCAGUAUAAAAUUUUUAAAGUCGGUUAAUUUCACGAUGAGAUUAGUACUGGAUGAUAGGGUCAAAGGAAAAAAGCUCUACGUGAAUAAUGUUAAUGCUUCUCCACAGAAUACUAAGUGUAUGAACGUUGAAGUAAAUAUUGAGCCAACUAUUAUCGAUACUGUACCAUUGCGAUUUAUUUUACAUACCACGGUUUCUGGAAAUAUUAUGGGAGAUGGUGAGCCAUGGAUUGAUCGUACUAUUCCUUACGCUCAUGGAUGUGGAGAUGACAACAUUUGUCAAACACAAAUAUUGAUUAAUGUCUUACCAGAUAAUGAAAAUAUUAUUUGGGGUAUAAACAAAGUCAUAAAUGUUAAAGUAUCUGGAGAAAACGUCGGAGAACCUGGAUACCAAUGUAAGUUACUGAUGCAAAUACCAAAAGAAUUAAAACUGCAAAAUGAAAGAAAAUACACUCUUGAGAAUUCAACAUAUAGCUGCCUGUUUGCAAACCAAAUGCCUCCUGAACAUGAAAAAGGGUUGUCAGUUAGUUUUGAUGUGGUCGACAACAUUAAAGACGUAAAAUCCUUGAAAAUGUCGUUUGAAGUAAAAUGUUUGGGAGAGAAUGUUGAAAAUAAAGAAACUAUAGAAAUUGCAGUUAUCUCACAAAGCUCACCUUACAUCGAAGGGAAAUCAGAACCUGAAGAUUAUGAAAUUAAUGAUGAAACUGUAGCGGACGAAACAGAAGUUGAAGUAUACCAUACAUUUACUAUUGGAAAUUUCGGACCUUCUCCUGUAAAAUCAGACAUUUACCUUAUGUUACCGGUUAUAAAAAUGGAUAACGAUGAUAUAUUUCAAUUUGUUGGAGCAAGGGGCAAUCUCCGAGAUACCUAUAUUCAAUGUUACACUUCAAAUGAAUCUAAAAAGUUUGAUAAAUUGUAUGAUAUUUCAACAGUUGUUAAAUCAGCCAUAAAUCGAACUGUGGUAUUGGAUUGUUUUGAAGAGAAUGCAAAAUGUGAGGAAUUUAUUUGUAAAGGCGAUUACUUGUAUAAAUCAUCAGAAACUGCCAAAUAUACUUUAAAAUUUAAAAUUAAAAAUACAAGAUUAGCUAAAUUCUUCCAAAAACAAGAACAAUCCAAGAACAUUGCAGCAUAUGUAACCACAGCUUACCUUUUGAAUGGAAAUGAAACACGAAUUCACGGACAUUCAGCAACUUUAUUUUUUUCAUCUCACUCGGCAAAUGUUCCAUUGUGGGUAUACAUAGUUUCGUCAAUAUUGGGAAUCCUGCUACUGGCUCUACUAAUUUUUCUAUUUUACAAAUGUCACUUUUUCGACAGACGCUACAGAGACAAAAUGAAUGACGAACUGUUGAUGCAAAUGGAAAUGAAUUCUGAUUUGCCUGUGGGAUCUGAAGAAGAAAUGAAAGAAGAAAUAGAAGAAACUAAAUAAUAAUAAUUAGAUUUAAUUUAUUUAUUGUAGGACUAAAUAGUAAUAAAAUUAUGUAUAAAUGUCUAAUAUUUCCAGUUUACAGG